AAUAAACAAACCCGUCUUUAAUUCCCCUUUGGAUUCUUCUCCGUGUGCGGCUUCGUGUUGAUCCUCUCCGGUUUCAGCUUCUCAUAGUAAAAACGCCGACGUCUUCCUACGGAGAGAGGGGCUGAAUCACAUCCUUGCCCUAGGUUAGUUCCGCCGCUGCAGGGAGAUACCACAAUGGUUAGAGGAAGCCUAUCGCUGCUGAAAUGCGCCACAACUGGAGCCGGACUGAACGCUACUCUGACCGAUAUGCUCGUCUGCCCUCUCUCCAAGCAGCCGUUAAGGCUCUGCCGGGAAACAAAUUCAUUGAUCAGCGAUUCCGUCGGCGUUUCUUAUCCGAUCGUGAAUGGAAUUCCUCGCCUUGUCCCCGCAGACGGCAAGGUCAUUGCUGAGGAUGACGGUUUCAGCUCCCAAGAUGCAAAGGCUUUACCGGAAAUUAAUUCAUCUGCGGAGAAAGAUUACUACAAAGAGAGCCGAUGCAAGAAGAGCUGAAGUACAAAUAAUCCUUGUGGGGAUUCUUCCUUCGUCGGUCCUCCACGCCAUUGCUUCAUAAACUGGCCAACUAUUCGCUACUCCGAAACAUGUAAGCAACAUUUGUCCAUUCAGUUCAUUCUGCCAUUUUCCCCUAAGUACUUGCAAUAUUCCCCAAGAACAUGCUGCUAGAUUUAUUAUUGCAGCUGCCGUCAGCGGCACAAACAUGGGAGAGGGAACUCCAAAUUCGAAUUUCCCUUCAUUGUAUCUUUUCCUUUGGUUGUUGUCAUCGACCUUGUUGGUCACAUCAAAUCCUCUUGUAGUGAUUCCCAAU